AUGCAGUUUGUGCUGAUGCCCAGGAAGUGUCUCCGGCUGAAUCCCGACGUCCCGGUGUGGGUUUCCAAGCAGCGCAUCCUGUGCACGCUGAACCACAGCCUGAAGGAUGUGCUGAACUACGGGCUGUUCCAGCCGGCCUUCAACGGCAGGGCUGGGAAGUUCCUGGAUGAGGAGCGCCUGCUGCGGGAGUACCCCCUGAACCCAGACACUCCUGUCCCCUACCUGGAGUUCCGGUACAAAAGGCGUGUGUACACCCAGACCUUGCUGGAUGACAAGCAGUUUGCCAAGCUCCACACAAAGGCGAACCUGAAGAAGUUCAUGGAGUACGUGCAGAUGCUGAAUGCUGAGAAGGUCUGCAGGCUGCUGGAGAAGGGACUGGACCCCAACUUUCAUGAUCCAGAUACUGGAGGUAAUUACACUGGGACAGGAAACAGUCUGGAGGGGGCCCAGGCGUGUCGCUAUGGCCACGUCCAGCACCUGGAGCAUCUGCUCUUCUACGGCGCUGAUAUGACAGCUCAGAACGCCUCAGGAAACACUGCCCUUCAUAUCUGUGCUCUCUACAACCAGGAGAGCUGCGCUCGGGUUCUCCUCUUCCGCGGGGCCAGCAAAGAGAUCCGCAACUACAACAGCCAGACGGCGUUCCAGGUGGCCAUCAUUGCAGGAAAUUUUGAGUUGGCUGAAAUCAUCAAAACCCACAAAGAGUCCGAUGUUGUGCUGAGCAUCGGCGAGGGUGGCUUUUGGGAAGGAACAGUGAAGGGAAGGACUGGCUGGUUCCCGGCAGAAUGCGUGGAGGAGGUGCAGAUGCGGCAGUACGACCCCCGGCAAGAAACCAGAGAAGACAGAACAAAGCGUCUCUUCCGACACUACACUGUGGGCUCCUACGACAACUUCACCUCUCACAGUGACUACAUCAUUGAGGAGAAGACGGCCGUGCUGCAGAAGAGGGAGCAUGAGGGAUUCGGGUUUGUGUUGCGAGGGGCCAAAGCUGAAACCCCAAUCGAGGAGUUCACCCCAACCCCAGCCUUCCCAGCCCUCCAGUACCUGGAAUCGGUGGAUGUGGAAGGUGUUGCCUGGAGGGCAGGGCUGCGCACGGGAGACUUCCUGAUCGAGGUGAAUGGUGUCAACGUGGUGAAGGUGGGACACAAGCAGGUGGUGUCCUGGAUCCGGCAGGGGGGGAACCACCUGGUGAUGAAGGUGGUGUCCGUCAGCCGCAAGCCGGAGUCGGAGGAAGUGGUUCGGAAGAAGGCUCCGCCGCCCCCCAAGAGAGCGCCCAGCACCACCCUGACCCUGCGGUCCAAGUCCAUGACGGCCGAGCUGGAGGAGCUGGCCUCCAUGCGGAGAAGAAAAGGGGGAAUUCUGGCCUUCGAGCUGCCAGGGCCCCCCUGUGGCCUCAGCCUGGGGGUCCUGGGGUGGCCCCUGACUCGUUCCCUGUUUGAGCGCCAGGGAAUGGCCGCGCACCCGGGGGUCCUGCCGGGAGCUGAGAAGCCCCACGUGUCCCUGCGCAAAGGAAUUCCACGGACAAAAUCUGUAGGCGAAGACGAGAAACUUGCUGCUUCUUUGCUAGAUGGGAAGUUUCCCCGGAGCACAUCGAUGCAAGACACUGUUAGGGAAGGACACGGGCUCCCGCCACCACCUCAGAGCGGCCCCCCCCCUCCUUCUCCAUACUACUUUGACACAGGCCCCCCUCCAUCCUUCUCACCACCCCCACCCCCAGGAAGAGCUUACGAUACCAUAAGGUCAAGCUUUAAGCCAAGCCUGGAGGCCAAACUCCACGGGCUCCCGCAGGUGAUUAGCGCGGCCGAGAUGUACGACCAGGCGAGAACUUCCAUCCCUUACCCUGAGAGGCAGAAGAGGGCCCGAUCCAUGAUAAUCCUGCAGGAUUCCUCUCAUCUCCCCGUGGAGCCGACAGAGAUCCCCCGGCCCGGCCCCUCCGCGACCCCUCCGGAGAAGCUGAAGAGGAAGGGGAGAGUGAUCGACAACCCUUACGCCAACAUGGGUCAGUUCAACGUCAGCCUGUUCGCUCCCACAAAGCCACAGAGGAAGAAGAGUCCUCUGGUGAAGCAGCUACAAGGGGAGGACGCGCAGGAGAGAGCAGCCCUGUCCAUCACCGGGGGCUUCACCAGGGAGCCCUCUCCCACCCGCAGGAGCCACCGCCUCGGCGGGGUGGAGUUCCAGCACCACGCGGGCAUCGCGCAGGUGGAGGCCACGGGCAUCCCCUUCGCCACGGCCAUGGCGGGGGUGAUGAAGGACCGGGACCGUCGCCUGGACGAGAGGCGGAAAUCCACUGUCUUCCUCUCGGUCGGGGCCAUGGAGGGGAGCCCCCCCAGCAGCGACAUGCCCUCCCUGCAGCAGUCCAGGUCCAUCGAUGAGCGGUUGUUAGGAAGCCGAGAUGUUCUACUGCCUUCCCCCGUCUCAGCUUUAAAGCCAUUAAUUAGCAGCUCAUCCUCAACCUUCAUCCACCCGCUGACGGGAAAGCCCCUGGAUCCCAACUCGCCACUGGCGCUUGCGCUGGCCGCAAGGGAACGGGCCCUCUCCACCCAAGUCCCAUCCCGGUCGCCCACCCCGAUCCACAGCCCCGACUCAGAGAGGGCAGCACCCCUCUUUGUGGACAUCCAAACCAAAGAACCAGAGAGGGGGGAGUUGGAGAGCUUGGUGUCCCCCGCGUACUCCCCUGGAGGCAAAGGGGCGGUCGGACCAGACUCUGGGACUUUGGCCCCUACCAAGAGCCCGUGGGGGACUCCGUCCACACUGAGAAAAGAAACCGAGGCGAGAGCAGAAACACCUGGGAAGGAGGAGAAGAAACAAGAAGACAAGAAGUCCAUGAUUAUUAGCAUAGUGGAUACAUCGCAGCAGAAGACCGCUGGCCUCAUCAUGGUUCACGCCACAAGUAAUGGCCAAGACGAGAUAGGACUUGAGAUCAAAGAGGAGAAACCAGCUGUCCCUGAAGCUUGCACGGAGCCAGCAGAGUCCCCCAAAGCAGAGACCCAGCCCAGCCCCGUGGGAAAACCUCCGGUCAGUCCAGCCUCUGACAAGACGUUGGGACAAGGGAGCUCGGAGGAAGAAGUGGAGCCCUACACGGUCACCCUCCCCCCAGCUCAGCUGUCUUCAAGUGACGAAGAGACCCGGGAGGAGCUGGCCAAGAUAGGGCUGGUGCCUCCACCAGACGAGUUUGCGAACGGGGUACUGGUCACCACCCCUGGCACACCAGUCAGCCACCUGGCUACGCCCAGCACGCCAUCCAUACCAGCGGCAGCAGUAGCACCUUCUACCACUGGCGGAACACCCUCAGGGAAGCCCUCUGAUGCCCCCGUAGCCCCAGAGUCUGCUGCAGACUCCGGAGUGGAAGAGGUGGACACCAGAAGUUCAAGUGACCAUCACCUGGAGACCACAAGCACCAUCUCGACGGUCUCCAGCAUGUCUACGUUGUCCUCAGAAAGCGGGGAGCCCACUGACACAUACACUUCCUUUGCGGAUGGACAAACUUUUAUACUCGAGAAGCCACCAGUGCCUCCAAAGCCAAAACUCAAGUCCCAGCUCAGCAAGGGGCCAGUUACUUUCAGGGACCCACUUUUGAAGCAGUCUUCGGACAGCGAGCUCAUCUCCCAGCAACAUGCGGCCACGCUGGCGUCAGCCAGCAUCGGCCGGCCACGCUACCUCUUUCAGAGAAGGUCCAAGCUAUGGGGGGACCCCAUGGAGAGCAGGCCCAUCCAUGGGGCUGAUGAUGACAAGCCAACUGUGAUCAGUGAGCUAAGUUCCCGACUACAGCAACUGAACAAGGAUACACGAUCACUGGGGGAGGAACCCGCCGGGUCCACCUUAGAUCCCGGGAAGAAGUCACCUGUGGUCGCAGCACG